AUGCUCCGCUCAAGGCUAUCGACUGCUUUGCCGCGCGCAUCAUAUACACGAUCGUUUUCCAGUAGUCCAACACCGUUCUCGGGUCAUAACAAAUGGUCUAAAAUAAAGCAAAGAAAAGGUGCAGAAGACGCGAAGAAGUCCAUUUUGUACGGUAAAGCCGCCCGCGACAUUCUUGCCGCUGCCAGGAAUGGCGGGUCGCCGAUCCCUGAAGAAAACUCUAUGCUAGCCACUGCCAUCCGACGCGCAAAAGAUGCGGGUGUUCCGAAAGAGAACAUUGAGAAUGUCUUGGUCAAGGCGUCCAAAAGCAAGAGUGACAAUGGUCAAGCCGUCACUUACGAAGCAAUGAUGCACGGUUCUGUGGGCAUCAUCAUAGAAUGUAGGACCAAUAAUAUCAACCGCACUCUCAGUAACGUGAGGGAAAUGAUCAACCGCCAUGGUGCUCGACAGGCUCCAGUCAAGUUCAUGUUCCAUCAGCGAGGAUACUUCAAAAUAGCUCUCGACCCAAAUGACAUAGAAGACCUGUUCAACAUAGCAGAGUCGACUCAGUGUGCCUUUGAUUUCGAUGAAUGGGAAGAUGAUUCCAGUGGUGGUCGCGGAAUAGAGUUGGCAUGUUCUCCUGACGAGUUGCUCAAGUUAGAAGAUGGACUUCGCCAGUACAUCCGGCAGAAUGCCAAUGCUGAAAUACUGGUCAGGGAGGUGAGGUGGGCCCCACUAGAGGAUCAAGGAAGCACAGAUGAUGAAAAAGACAGUGUCUCGAAUCUCGUCGAAGCUUUAGAAGGGGACGAGGACGUCACUUGUGUGUCGACUUCCCUGGAAUACAGCCCUCUACUCGGUAACACUUGA